UCACCAGAGUGAAUGGCAGUACACACACCAACACACACCCACACCCACGCAGACAGUGAUGUCACGAAGGGGGGAGUUUUGGUUUGGGACGGAUCAGUCCACCGGACGCUUGGACCGACACUAACUGUUACUAAAGGAUAAUUAAAUCUCUGCUCUUUUAUUCGGACUUUGGGGUUAAUAGCUCAUCAAAUUGCACAACUUCAGUGUUUCAGCUCUGCUCUCUGCUGAUAGAGAAUUUCAGGCUGUUUUAUUGUGUUUUAACCAUGGAAAGUGAGUGGGAGCGCACAGCUUAUUGUGGAGGAAAAGAAUGGACCCUGUGAAAACUGACCCCACCAAGAAGGACUGACUUCCACCACCUCCAUGUCCCCCUCCUCUCCGUGCCAGGUGUCUGCGAAGCGCGAGGAGGGCUACAAGCCGGCAGCGGUGCCCCCAGCUCCACCCGUCCCGCCUCGCAGGGUCCGGAGCCGGGACGGGGGCUCCGGAGGAAGGACGCGGAGGGCAGCAGCUCCGGAGAGGCGGGUGAAGUGUGUGCUGGUGGGGGACGGAGCUGUGGGGAAAACCAGUCUGGUGGUCAGCUACACCACCAAUGGUUACCCCACCGAGUACGUUCCGACAGCGUUUGACAACUUCUCUGCGGUUGUAUCAGUGGAUGGACAGCCAGUGAAACUUCAACUCUGUGAUACAGCUGGACAGGAUGAGUUCGACAGGCUUCGCCCGCUGUGUUACACCAGUGCAGACGUGUUCAUGCUGUGCUUCAGUGUCGUCAGUCCCGCCUCCUUCCAGAAUGUUCCUGAAAAAUGGGUCCCAGAGAUCCGUAAACACGCCCCAUUCGCUCCCCUGGUCCUUGUGGGGACACAGUGUGACCUCCGGGAAGAUGUCAAGGUGCUCAUCGACUUGGCUAAGUACAGAGAGAGACCCGUUGACCCCACAGAUGCCCGGGAAUGUGCCAUGGAGAUUGGUGCUGUGGCCUACAUGGAGUGCUCCUCUCUGACCCAAAAGAAUUUAAAGGAGGUUUUCGAUACAGCCAUCCUUGCCAGCCUGCAGAAAUACAGCUCCCGGAAACACUCGAGAAGCAAACAGAAGCAUCGAAAAAAGCCAAGGCAGACCCCAGACAAGAUGAAGAGGCUUUCAAAGUCAUGGUGGAAAAGGUACUGCUGCGUGGCCUAGAGCAGGCCUGGGAUGCUCCUAGACAGGAUUCAUCUGGUUUCAGUGAUUCCAAAGACACUUUUUUUAUACAUAAAGUAACUAUACACAACCAUGCUGGGAACAUGGAUUGAAACAUAGUAAGACUUUUGCAGAUGUGAAAUGUUUUUAUCCAUAUUGCGAAUCUGAUUUACUACUGAGUUUCUAGCAUGAAUUCAAUGCAAGGUUCUUCUUUGUUUAUUUACUUAAAGCAAUGGUUCUGUCCUGUUCUGGGACCAUAAAAGACAGAGUUUUGAUAGUUUUGAUAGUUUCUUUUUUUUUUGUUUGGUUCCCAGCAUGUUUGAUAUAUUUAUCCUGCUUUUUUAUGUAUUCCAGAGGAGAAAUGUGUUGGACAUAAAUAUAAAUAUGUCUGAUGAUCUAAACUUAACAACACUGUCAGCUGACUAAACUAAUCCUCUAAACUCUUCCCCUGUGGAAUUUUUUAAAAGUGGGAUUGGAAAGUGCUGUCCAAAGCCAGAACUUUGUAAAUUAGGAUUUUUGUGAUGCCGACAUGGUCUCCAGUUCGACCUAAGGUUUAGGAUACUCUGAUGAAAGGAUUCACUCACUUGUAGAUUUUAUAUAUUUAGUUCCAUGUUUUCCAGUCAAUGAAUCAGACCUUGAUUAACUGUAUUUUUUGGUCUUAAGCGGAACAAUUCACACUUAGUUUAGGUUUUAAGGUUUUUGUGGAAGCUCAGAGAUAUAUAAUUGUGUUCUGAACUCAUGCAAAUGUUUUGUCUCAUAAGAUAACACUAAAUGUGCCUGCUUUGAUCAAAACUAAGAUUUCCAAACAACACGCAUUCUUUAUGUCAUGAGGAAAUAAAAAAUAGCAGAAAGCAAAGCCAUUUAUCCUCCUUUUCUCUGAAACACAGCAGAAGCAAUAGUUAAAAUGGAGCAGUGCUGGUUUUGGUUGUAGUGGUAAAUCUGAUAUGAAAAGGGCUUGGCUGGAGUGGCGAUUUAUAAUUGAAUGCUUAGGAGGCUAAACCUUCCCUGUAAAUACGGUAAAAUUAUUGGUAAAAUAAUCAUGGUCAAACUUCAUAAAUGAAGCCAUUAGCUGCAUUAAAUACGUCCUAAAAAGAGCCUGAUUUCAUGAGUAUGUUGCACAUUAAUCAGCAGUUUAUUCCACUCUCUGAGAUGAUCUCCCCUCUGCUCUGGAGAGCAGGACGCUGCCUGUGAGCCUCUACAGUAUGAGAAAUCCCUGCUGAAGUUUCAGCCUUGGUCUAUUCAGGUAAGCAGCAAGAAAGUAGAGCCAAAAUAUGUCAGUACCACUGAGGCUAAAUGUCUUAGGGGGUCUAUGGAGCAUCAUUUUUAAAGGCUCAAAAAUCAAGAUUUUGCAUGAUAUAGGCCUUUUAAUACAUACCAGCAUAGGAUUUAAAUCAUUUACCUGCCGUUUAACAAAUAUGCCACUAAUUGUGUUGGUCUAACACAAAAAAAUCCACCUGAAACACACUAAAGUUAGUCCUUGUCAACAAAUGAUAAUGCAAACCAAUUUUCCUAAACAGUACAUGAUAUCCACCAUGGCAAAAACCCUAUAAGACAUUUAAUUAUCUUUACAUGAAUGAAUCUCUUUUUAAAACCUCUAAAACAGAGAAGAUAAUGGAUUGACUGGGGCCAUUGCUUGGGUGCAAUACUAAGGCAUGAACAGUUUCAAAAUCAUAAGAAAUAUGGAUCAUUUUACUAUUAGGCGUGGUAGUUUUAAGAACGUCAAGCACAAAAAAAAGAGUCUUACAAUAUUAUUGCAUCCUUAACAACAAAAAACAAAAAGACAGACCAACCAGUAAUAGUCUUAGUUCCCCUCACUAUUUUUUGCUGGGAGCUGUAAUCUACCAUAAUACAGCUUGAGAACCAAGCUGAGAUAUCAACCUUCCCACAAAUGUUUGAGGAUGCUAAUCCCAUCAACGAAA